UCUUUCAAUUUGAUACCGUGUUCAAACCGUUUUCCACCAUCUCUUUUUCUUUAUCACUAUCUAUCAGUUACGCACACUUAGUUACCAAGUUAAGUUUCUUUACUUCAACAAUCAAACCAAAUCAAAUCAAAAUGGCUUCUUCGUUUUACGGUUUGAUUCUUCUUGGAUUCACUUUCGGUGUUGUUGCUGUUGUUACUGUUCAAGCUAUUGCAUUCUUAUGGAUCAUCAAACGGUUACGCCAUAGCCACAACCACUCUUCUCAUACCCAAGUACUGGCUACUUCUUCUACUGACCAACUUGAUCAUCAACAAUCUCUGCAUUUCGCGUCUCAAAAACAGGGCGUGGUUUGGGUCCUAGAGUCAGGAAAAAUUUCAAAGGAGCCAAAAAGAAAAGAUGAGCUCUUGGAGGUUUCCCCUAUUAAAAUGUAUGGAAAAAUCAAGGAUCAAUCCCUUAUUCUUAGAGAAUCUGAUAAUUUGCAGUUGCACUCAACAAUUGAGCUCAAGGGUUGUACAGUUCAAGCUGUGUCAGCUUCAAUCCUUUCUUCAAAAAAAUGGGCAAAAAAGUUCCCCAUCAAAGUCGAAAGCAAGACUUCGGUAAUAUACAAAAGAAGCAAAAUUCUAUAUGUUUAUCUUGAAACUUCGUGGGAGAAAGAAGCAUGGUGUAAGGCCCUCUAUCUGGCUUCAUGCGAUGAAAAAGAAAAAGCCAAAUGGUUCACCCAAGUUCACGAGGACUUUCAUAGUUACCUGACAUCUUUAAAUUCUGUGUACCACUGUAUUAUGAAACCAUCGGUAGGAUUAAAUGUUGAGGUUGUUGAGGCAAUAGAAAGGGCUAUAAAGCCUGACGACCCUUCCUCAAAAGUUCGUCAGUUUUUGAAAAAGAUUGCAAAAAAAACUUCCCGAGUUGGUGUGGAAAAUAAAUCUACAUGGACUUCAUUGUCAGGCCCUGAAGGAAAAAAGAGUAUUGAGAACCUUUAUACUAGCCAAGAUGCAGUUUUGAGAACCGAUUCAAAAUCAUCUUCAAAGUUGCCGCCUUUGGGAAGCGAGAAUCUUCUCUCUGCCAGCUCCGAUGGGGAUGUUUUAAAGAAAUUUGACAUUGAUGAGGGAACACUAUGUUGGAACUUAUUGAUUUCCAGACUCUUUUUUGAUGUCAAAGGCAGUAUGCAAUUGAAGAGAUCGAUGCAAGAAAGGAUUCAGAGAACGCUGUCCAAUAUGAGGACUCCCAGUUAUAUUGGUGAAGUCAUCUGCACUAACAUCAAUACCGGGAAUGUACCACCUUGUAUUGUAGGAAUGAGGGUUCUUCCUAUGGAAAUGAGUGAGGUUUGGGCCUUAGAAGUUGACAUUGAAUAUUCUGGAGGAGCAGUAUUAGAGAUUGAAACGAGGCUUGAAGCUCGUGAACUUCAGCUCCAUGCAGGGACAGAUGACUCAAUCUCGGAGUCUAGUAAUGUUAGAUCUGUCCCAUCAGAUCUUCUUGAAGGUUUUGAAUAUUUAGGUAAGCAAUUGAAUCUUGAAGAAAGAGAGAAUGAUUGUCAAGAGCAAAAGGAAGAGGCAGACCGGAACAAUGCAGGUGCAUCAAAGAGCUCUACGAGUACCAUCACUUCCUCAAAUCAUGGAUCACGAUGGAAAUCAAUAUUAAAUUCUGUUUCCAAACAAGUUUCACAGGUUCCUCUCUCUUUUGCAAUAAGAGUGGCUUCUUUAAAAGGGACAUUGCGCUUGCACAUAAAACCGCCCCCCUCUGAUCAACUGUGGUUUGGUUUCACAUCAAUGCCAGACAUAGAUUUCAACUUGGAGUCUUCUGUUGGAGAUCGUAAGAUAACUAGUGGGUAUUUCACUUCAUUAGUCGUCAAUAGGCUAAAGAGUGCAAUUUUGGAAAACUUAGUACUCCCAAAUUGUGAAAACGUAUGUAUCCCAUGGAUGUUAGCAGAAAAGGAUGAUUGGGUUCCUCCAAAUGUUGCUCCAUUCAUAUGGAUUAACCAAGAAAAUAGGAAUGAGACUUCCACUUCGAUUAACACCAAUAAUCAAUCUUCUAGUGGAGCAAAAGCUAGGUCGGAAGCUAGUGCAAGCACCUCAAGUUAUGGUCCAGCUAACAAACAACAAAAACCUAAGAGUGUUGAAUCUACUCAAGCACCAACUAGUAAAUCAUCAGAUUCUUUAGUACUACCAGUAAAUUCCUCUGGUGCAGGAACACUAAAGAGCAGCAACAGUUUGGAAGAUCUUACAAAGCCUUUGUUAGAGAAUGACAAACCACAACAAACUAGGGAUUUGAAAGAAUCUUCGUUGCAGAAUGACAACCAACUUGAAACUAGUGAAAACAAUAUGGAAAAUAAUUCUGAGUUCCUAUCACUACGUGGAAGUAUGGUGGUGACGGAGAAACAGAAUAAUACAUUUGAACAGGAAGAUGGAUUGCCAAAGAAAAUGGGGAGAAAGGAAAGGAUGUUUGAUUUGAGGAAGAAGAUGGGGGAGAAAUUGGAAGAGAAAAGGCGUCAUCUUGAAGAAAAGAGCAGGCACAUUGUUGAGAAGAUGCGAGGACCAUGAGAAAAAUCAAGUAAAUUGAAAAAUGCUGUUCAUGAUAUGUUGGUCUUGUGAAAAAAAGCAAGUUAUUUAGUUUUAUGGUAUAUUCAUGUCCACUCAUGUUUGAGGAAUGCUUCUUUUUUAUAAUUUUAUUAUAUAUAAGGGUUUCCAGUAAUUCUUUUGUUAACUUGCCAAAUUUGACAAACCUAUUGCAGAACUAGUUGCACUUGCAUUGAUAGAUCUCGCUUAUGUGACAUUGUUUUGUUUGUAAGACAUGAUAUAACAAACAUUUUUAGAUUUUCUGUUUAA